CUGCUCAUUGCUCCUGUCAUCGAGGCCCCUGGCCCAAUGGCAGGCUGAGUCCCCCUCCUCUGGCCUCGUCCCGCCUCUCCUGCCCCUUGUGCUCGGCGCUACCUGCUACUCCGACACAUCCAGAGCAGGCUGGCGGGUGCGCGGGCGGGCGGCGGCACCAUGCAGGGAGGCUGCCAGGGGACGUGGGCAGCGCCGCUCUCUGACGCCCACCUGGCGCUGUGAGAGACUGGCGCUGCCACCAUGUUCCCCAGCCCUACGCUCACGCCCACGCCCUUUUCAGUCAAAGACAUCCUGAACCUGGAGCAGCAGCAGCGCAGCCUGGCCGCCGCCGGAGAGCUCUCUGCGCGCCUGGAGGCCACCCUGGCGCCCUCCUCCUGCAUGCUGGCCGCCUUCAAGCCAGAGGCCUACGCCGGGCCCGAGGCGGCUGCGCCGGGCCUCCCAGAGCUGCGCGCAGAGUUGGGCCCUGUGCCUUCGCCUGCCAAGUGUGCGUCUGCCUUUCCCGCCGCCCCCGCUUUCUAUCCGCGUGCCUACAGCGACCCCGACCCAGCCAAGGACCCUCGAGCCGAAAAGAAAGAGCUGUGCGCGCUGCAGAAGGCGGUGGAGCUGGAGAAGCCGGAGGCGGACAGCGCGGAGCGGCCCCGGGCGCGACGGCGGAGGAAGCCGCGCGUGCUCUUCUCACAGGCGCAGGUCUAUGAGCUCGAGCGGCGCUUCAAGCAGCAGCGGUACCUGUCGGCCCCCGAACGCGACCAGCUGGCCAGCGUGCUGAAGCUCACGUCCACGCAGGUGAAGAUCUGGUUCCAGAACCGGCGCUACAAGUGCAAGCGGCAGCGGCAGGACCAGACUCUGGAGCUGGUGGGGCUGCCCCCGCCGCCUCCGCCACCGCCUGCCCGCAGGAUCGCGGUGCCAGUGCUGGUGCGCGAUGGCAAGCCUUGCCUAGGGGACUCAGCGCCCUACGCGCCUGCCUACGGCGUGGGCCUCAAUGCCUACGGCUAUAACGCCUACCCCGCCUAUCCGGGUUACGGCGGCGCGGCCUGCAGCCCUGGCUACAGCUGCGCCGCGGCUUACCCCGCCGGGCCUUCCCCAGCGCAGCCGGCCCCUGCCGCCGCCAGCAACAACUUCGUGAACUUCGGCGUCGGGGACUUGAAUGCUGUUCAGAGCCCCGGGAUUCCGCAAAGCAACUCGGGAGUGUCCACGCUGCAUGGUAUCCGAGCCUGGUAGGGAAGGGACCCGCGUGGGGCGCCCCUGACCGAUCCCACCUUAAGAGAGGGGCACUGACUCUCCGGGGGAAGAAAGGGCUCCCAACACGACUCUGAGUCCCCUGGAUUUCGCAUUCACUCCUGCGGAAACCUUGAAACUUCUUCUGUCCCAUGCGCGUUUGUUCUUGCGCACGGGAAAGUUUGUGGUGGCAAUUAGGCAGCCUGCAAUGAGUGACCCUCCAGCCUGGUGUCUUAGCCCCCAGGAGUGCCCUCCGAGAGUCCAUGGGCACCCCCGACGGAACUACCAGUGAAUUGGGACUGAGAACCCGGACACGCGGGGCCUAAGAUCCGGCCGCCUAUUCCCCGAGCCUGGGCCGGGCGCCCGGGCCUUGGCUAUCUCGCCGCCGCCUGCCCACGCACCCACCGACCCACCCGUAUUUAUGUUUUUACCUAUUGCUGUAAGAAAUGAGGAUCCUCUUCCCAUUAAAGAGAGUGCGUUGA